AUGCCCUUUUCUUCUGCUUCCAUUGCAAAAGGGAGUGAAGAGCUCGGAUUCAGUUUAAUGAACACUUGCUCUGCUAACCAUGAUAGGACUCCUAGUGAUAGUCAGCAUAAUGAUACAACCACCCAUAGGAUCGAAGGUUCACCAUUUCCUUUUCCCCAUUGGAAUUUGAAUGAAACAUCUCAGUAUUUUAGCAAUGAACCAAUUGGAGGUAAUUCAAUGGGUGAUUCCUCUCAGUUUAGAAGUUAUCAGAAUUUUAAGAUGGACCAUAAUUACUCACACAGUGCGGAAGAACAUGAUUUUUCUCGGGUUAUAAGUGAUCAGAAAUUUCAGAUGGACUAUAAUUCCUCUCGCAGAGCACAAGAACAUAAUUUUCUUCCAUGCAGACCAGAUUCUUGUUAUCCUGGUCCCGAAGAAUACAUAGCGUGGUCAUAUCAAUAUGAUAAGCUCAAUAAUCAAACAGUCUCUGCUAAUGUGAGGAAUGCUGCCUUCAAUCUAAAUAAUUGUGAGACGUCUAAUAGUGGUGGGAUGAAUGUGACCCCAAGUUAUGGUUUGGCUAGCAGGCCACAAAUGGUCAACCCUAAUGGAACAGCAAUGAGUGGUAAUAUUGGCCAUUCUUCACUAGAUAUGAGUCUGGGAAUGACUAUGUGUAAUCCAAAUCAAGGUGGUGCAGAACCAUUGCAUUCUACUGAAAAACCUGAUGAAAGAUUUAUGACCAUUGAUUCUGGAAGUACUAAUAACAAUGAGUUCACAUUAGGUGCUGUGUUACCAAAAUUCAAAGUGACUGGUGAUCAUGAGAGGGCAAUCAGUAAGCACUACAAUUAUCUGGGUAGCAGAAGUUCCUUAAAUUCUGGGUUAGACAUGAAUGUUGCUUUUUCUGGUUUUCAGAAUGACAGAAAAAUCAUAUCUAAUUUAGCUCCUGCAGGCAAUCAUGUAUUUGAUUGUAGACCUGAUUUAUGUCUGGGGCCGUCAUCUUCUUUUCAAAGGGCAGCUGCUGGUGACCGAAAUCAUUAUUUAGGGCAGGACAACAUGGAUUUAGGUCUUGGAAGUGUGAAAGACAGUAGUAUGGAAUUUACAGAUAUUGGUUGCAAAAAUGACCUUGAAAGAUGCAUGGAUUUAAAUUCAUUGCCAAUUGUUGUCAGUCAAACUACGCCUUUUGAAAGUGGACAGAACUGGGUGAAUGGACAGGUAGUUCCCUCCUCAAGUGGAAUGAUAAUUGACAAGUUGCCGACUGAGCUGUUACAUAGAAAUAAUGAUAAGUUUUCCCCACAAGUUUUUUCUGCUCCUCCGUUGGCCGUGGCCUCUAGAAGCACCAUAGGGCAGGAUCUUUCAAGUAAUCAUGGUCAAUCUCAGGAAGGUGGUUCUAUUCAGCAAUCAAACUCUUGUCUUCAACCACAAUCUACUUCUGAUCUAGGAAUACAGACUGGAAGUGGAAAUAUGACUACUCAAGUUUCACGGCCUUCGGCCAUGCCAUCUCUAAAGAGAGCUGCUUCCCAACCACUGUCAUCCACUGUCCAGAAUCAACACAGGAAGACAAUAUCAACUCAGUUCAUACAUCCAUCAAUUCCAAUAAGGACCAGAUUCGCUCCAACAGUCCCAAAUACAUCCCGAGCAAUUUCUCCCUUGGUCCGCCCAGCCCAAUCUAUCACGUCCCCAGCUACUCACUCUGUUGUUCCUCCAUUGUUCCCAACAACUUGGACUAAAUCUGCUCUACCACCCCUAAACACAACUCUGGCAAUUCCUCCCAAAAUGCACGCAGCUCCAUUUCCCCCACCUAAUAAUGACAAGAGAAUCUCACCUUUAAACCACCCCUCAACCCAUGCUUCACCUAGUACAAACCUAUCUAACCAGCAUCAACUGUUAGCUCAGGCUUUGACUCACAAACAUCAAACACCAGAACCAAUUGGAUAUAAGUGCUUUUUGUGCAAGAGGGAUCUCUCCUACGAACCAGAAGGGCCUAUUUCGCUACCACCUGCUUCUCCCGCAGUUGCUGUCCUAUCAUGUGGCCACACCUUUCACGAGUAUUGCUUGGAGCGAAUAACCCCUGCUGAACAAUCCAACGAUCCUCCAUGCAUUCCUUGUGCUCUUGGCGAGUAG